UUGAUUUCAUUGCUAAAGUUGAUUAAUUUGCUCCAAGGUAAAACCCUAGUUUCCCUCCUUUCUCGAAUCUAGACAACGAAAUUUUUGUAAAAUAGCCAAAGACAAUAUUCUAUUCUCAAUCAGAACAGUAUAAUAUUUUAGCGUUCAUAUUAUAAUUUGAAAUGGGAAGAAGAUUAUUGGGAUUUUUGUUCGCAUCCUGGCUGGCCUAUCGUUUGUAUGUACCGUUGCCAGAUUAUUGUGACUUUCCAAUAAAAAUAAAGGGACUCUAUAGUUUGUUUAAUGCAUUCGACCUUGCGGGAAAUGUGUUCGAACUUUUUGGAGGAAGCUACUCCACGCCUUUCCAUCUAACAGAUUAUGACCCGGGAGAUAAUUUAAAAGAAAUAACAACUACAACUAAAACACUUGCUGGCCGACAAGUUGACAUUCAUCGCCCCAUAGGAUUCCCUAAAAAGAAAUCUGGAUCAGCUAUCAUAUUUUUACAUGGAGGUGGUUGGACGAUAGGAUCAAGAGCUGCUUAUGCUGUUGUGACAAGAAAAAUUGCGAAAGAAACAAACAUGAUGGUUUUUGUGCCGGAAUAUCGUUUGGCGCCAGAUCAUCCCUUUCCUGCGGGAUUCGAAGACUGCCUAAAAGUUACAAAAGAAAUAAUCAAAAGAGCAAGAGAUUUUGACAUAAAUCCGAACAAGAUUGUUCUUGCGGGCGACAGCGCAGGAGGAAACCUUGCAGUCGCCAUAAGUUUGAAGAUAGGUGAAGAAUUUCAAAAUGAAACACACCCAAUUUGCAUGAUUAACGUUAUAUAUCCAUUCAUGCAAUUAGCCAAUUUUCAAUUGCCCAGCUACUUACAAAACAAUGACGGAGGGUUGUUUUCCCCUUAUCCUGUCGUUCGAUUUCUUCUAUAUUAUCUUGGUUUUUGGAAUCACACCAAUAUAAUUCCACUGAUUACAAGAAACAGUCAUAUGAACGGAUUCAAAGAUAAAGAUAUUCUCGAUAGAAUGAGCGAUAAGUGGAUUCCAGAAAAAUAUAAAAAAGGUCUAGUUCCGACAGAUGAUGAUAACGAAAUUGGAUCCGAUCAAAUGGAAACGUACUUCCUACACGCCACAAAGAUUCAAGAAUUCGUUUCCAAUCGCCAAGUUGCACCUUUGGCCGCGAGUGACGAACAUUUACGCACACUACCCUACACACACGUAGUUACCUGUGAAUACGAUGCCAUACGAGACGAUGGAAUAAUUUUCUACGAAAGAAUGAAAGAUCUCGGAAAGAAAGUUACCCAUCAACAUUGGGAGUUUGGCGCACACGCUUUAUUGAACGCAUACGGAAUGGUUGAAUAUGAAAAACUCGAUCAAGCAAUGGGAGAGAUGUUUAACAUAAUUCAAAAAGGAGUAGACCAAUGUUGAUAAAUUAUCAAAUAUCGUUUUUUUUAAAUAACUAUUUCAUUAGUAUUUAUAGCAGGCUGCUAGGCUAUUAAAGUUCUGGUCAAAGACAAAUUUUGAUACGUAUUUUAUUCUUGUUUAUGACAGACGAAGCAAACAAUACAAUUGGGCAUAAACUUAUUAAUCAUUGAGGUAAAAUCACAAGAACUUAUUUAUCUGAACAGAUGAGCAUAUUCAAGCAAAUCCAAAAAUUUCUUAUAAGAUGUGUGCGAUUUUACUAAUCUAUUAGUUCUUGCCUUAUCGGAAUAAAUUGAGAAUAAUCUAUAUUAUGACUUAAGACACAAGACUUUAUAUAUCCUUAACACGUAUACUUGUGGUGGCCAUCAUUCUCCAACCAAAUUGCUUUGUCUUGCUCUGUGUACUGCAUGGGUAUUCAUAAUCUUGUCACGCUUCUGAUUAGUUCUUCACCCAUUGUUGUUUGUUAUUUUUCUUUUACCAACGGUAACUUUUUUCGGUAUUGGUGGAUAUUCGUUGUAGCCCAAACCCCACGACAUCUCAGCGUGUCUCCCUCUACACUUCAGAAAGUUAUUCAAAGCCCCCACUACCAGGUCGAUGUAGAAUUCUACAAUGGGAAUCUUGCUAAAAUUUUAAAUAUUUUGAACGAAAAUGUAUUGAAUUUCAAUAUGGCAAACCUGUUUCCAUGUUUACGUCAGGAAUGUGCGCCCUGCGGGCCAAACGGGGAGACCGACUGGAAUAAUGCCCAUUUUGAAUUGUGUGCGGCCCGCGAAACGAGUUUUUAAUUCAGUUUAAUUUGAUACAUACGAGUAAUUUCAAUCACUUUGCGUUGCGAAGUAAUACCUGAACCCAAUUUGUUAUCUAUGCCUAUGACGUUUCAGUGCCCAAACAUCUAGCUUGUGAGAAACGAACAACGUAUACCAUAAUAUGUCAAUCAACAAAAUUUUUGUAUUUGCUACUACUGGCGUAUGAUAAAUAAAGGUGCGGCCCGCGGUUUCACCCAGUUAUUUGUAUUUGGCACUCCUGUAUUAGAGGUUGUACACCCCUGGUUUAUGGCAAUGCUUGUUGAAAUAUAAAUAUAUAUGCGGGUUCCUGUACAUUUGAACCCACGACAAUUGCACCUGUAUAUAUAUAUUGCACCUGUGGAAGUUUUUUUGUUUUGCGGAUAUUUGAACCCAUACUAACCCUAACCCAUGGGGUUUAGCCCCCGUAUAUAGAUUGGACCCGCGGAUAUACACAUGGGUUCAAAUGUACGGUCACCAAAUAUGCGAUAUUGGUUUGUGUUGUUCGUUAUAUACUUCGACGCAGUGUAAUGAAAUAGUUAGUUCAUUCUGCAUGACCGUAAAAUUUAAACAUUUUUGUUGGAAGGUAAUAUAUACGAUAGCUAAUAUGUUUGAGAUGGUUCCAUUACAUUUGAACCCAUGACGAUUGCACCUAUGGACCGGCAUUGCACCUAUGGAAAUUUUUGUUGUUUUACGGAUAUUUUAACCCAUACUAAUCCUAACCCAUGGGUUUAGCACUCGCAUAAUCCCGCGAAUGUACACAUGGGUUCGAAUGUACGGUCACGUUUGAUAUGUAUGAGUGACAAGUCACGCGUAGCCACCAAAGCAUAACUAUAGACGAGUUUUUGAACAGAUCUGCAUGUUUACCAUAAUAUCGUAACAUCAACCGUUAUAAUUAAACUUGGAAUGGCUCGUUAAAUGAAAUUUUAUGUUUCUAGCUUCGCCCUGAGUAAAAUGAGAUUCCCGAUAAUAACACAAACUGUUAGACAAAAGCAACCUUGCAGAAGUAUUAGAUGGACAGCAAACCUCAGCUUAACAGUAUAUUGUUUGAUGGAUGCCUGAAAAGAUAUUUUAGACAACAAGGACGCUAAUAUGAAGACUAUAUUUCGCUUUGUCAGCAGAUAAUGCUUCAUCGUAAUAGUAGUUGCCAUGAAAUGAGGCACAUGCUAUUUAUUGGAGGACAUGCUAUUUUUUGUAGAAGUCUCAGCAUAUAUCUUCUUUUUAUACAUACCCCGGUGCGUGCGACCUCCCUUUAUUGGUGAAAGCGUUUUACAACUUACUUAAAGUACUUAAUAAUGCAUUGAGUACGAAUUUCGUUUUAAUUCACCUCAUACAAGUUACAACAAGCAACCAAGUUUUUCCGAAUAAGGACGUUUCAAUGUGACGCUCGCUAUUCUGCCAACAAACGCUUCACCGAUCUUACAUUCGUGAUUCAAUCGCGACCGUUAUGGUUCCUAGCCUUCUUUUAUAUUCAUCGAAAUAGAGUAAAUAUCAGGAUUUAUCACUAUGUAUACAAUUGUAAUGUAUACGUAGAAUCGGCAAAGGUCAUUAGCAUUUUUGUAAAGUGCUUUAUAUUUUUUCCACCUGUUGACGUUUCGAGCGCCGUUUGUUUUACAUAAAUUAUUCUCAGAUGGCGUAUCAGUAUGGCAUGGUGGAAAGUAUUUCCCUCGUGAAAUAGCAAGUAUGAACCCGACAAAAUCAAGUGAGUUGGUGACCAGUAUCGCAGAUCUUUACCGCCCGAAAACUUUUUAGUAUGAAUUGUAAUAAGAGAAAUAUAUCAUUAGCGCGUGGCGCAAUUGGUUUUGUUUACUGAUAUAUAUAGUAAUAUUAUUAUGAAAUAAAAUAGUCCUGUUCCUAACAGGAAACAGUCCUGUUAGUUGCAACAGUAAUUUAGCAGAGCAGUUUACAAGAUCAUUCAAUCAUAUACAAAAGAAGCCAAAAAACAAAUGCAGGUGGCAUUCGAAAAGAUUUUAGAAUUAAUAAUCAAGAACGAUUAUUACAGCAUUGAUUCUAAUUUUUCAGUCUACAUAUAAGACUGUAUACCUAUCAUACUGGCUUACCGGACUGAACAUUGGAUUAUCCGAUGAAGUCAUGAAAUUAUAUCAACCAUCAAAUGACCUAAUUUCCGUGUAAAUUUAGUAAUAUGCAUUACGUUCUAUUGUUUUGCAGAGUUUGCUAAAACCAUCCAGGAUCCUCGAUGAAAUAUUUUCACGGUGAAGGUUUCACUAUUAGGUCAAGAUAAUUUAUAACUUAGUGAGAUUCAAUUCUCUUACAUUUUUAAAUAUUCCACUGAUGCAAUGUCGCGAAGACUCACUACAAAGUAAACAUAUAAUUUAUGCAUGUCAUGUAUUUCUUCAAUAUGCUUUAGUAAAGAGAAAAUUGCUAAUUUCAUACGGCAAAUAUUUUAAAAAAUUUAGAUAAAGAUCCAGCUUGUCGAUAUAUCUCCUUCUCUAAUCUGUGAUAUAGGAUGCAUCAAAACCUUGUAUAUCCCUCCGUCUGUCAUCCCAUAAAUUCUUGAAAAUAAUUAUUCGCAAAUGCGCGGUUGCAACAAGCUCAAAUACGCUGUUUUGUGGAACUCUGGCUUUCUCAUUGCAUUAACGCGCACCAUGUAUGGAAUUUUUAAAGAAAAUUUGCGUUGAGAACAAAGCUUGCCAAUUUUAAGAAGUCGUCGACCGAAAUAACCAAAUUG